GAUGUGAAGCUGCAGAAAAAAAUGGCUUGCAUGGAAAUGUAUGAAAUGGAGAAUUCAUCGGAUGAACUUAGAGAGGACAAAGGAAAUGACAAUAAAAGCAGGCUUUGGAGAAAGCAAUGGUUCAAAACCGUUCUUUUCACACUCGCAAUGUCACUUUUGUCUGCAGUUUUUCUUUUGACUGUAAUUCAUUUUGCGGUGGGAGUCCAACUACAGCAUCAAUUUGAUUCACAGGAUACAAAGUUGGCAGUUCUACUAACACAGAUUAAAUUCAAUACAAAACUACUUAGCAAUAUAAGUUGUGAAAACGGAUGGGAGCUGUAUAAAAAACAUUGUUAUAAAUUUGAGGAAAAAACGGAAACACGCAAAAAAGCUCAGGAGAAAUGCAGCAAGGAAAAUGCUUCUCUGGUGAAAAUUGAUGAUGCAGAUGAAAAUUCAUUCAUAUAUUCCGCUGGAGGUUCGCCAGAUAUACGAGUAAUGGUAGAAUGGCGCGACGUCUACUGGACCAGUGGAAUCCGUAUUAAUGAAAAUAACUGGAUGUGGACUGCUGAUGGAACGCACGUUACCUAUGACAACUUCGACUCGAACGAACCAAAUAAUAACAAUGGCAUUGAAGAUUGCAUCAUCGUGAGGAAUGAUGGAACAUGGAACGAUUAUAUAUGUAAUAGAACUUUAUACUACAUUUGUGAAAAACGAGCUUGAAAAUAAAAUAAAGAGAGACUGACCUUGGA